CGUGCAUCCUCACGCCGUGAUCUUCUAGGCAACGACCGUUUUGCCAAGAUGUCCAGGCGUGUGACCUGGUGGCUCGUCUGAGCACGAGCGUCUUGCUUUCUUCCUCCUUUUCAUCAUCACCACCAAGUAGCUCCUCGCCGCGCUAUCAUGGAAGCCGCUCAAGCUGCCUCCAUUGUCCGCCGGGCGCCAUCCAAUCCCACGGCUGGGCAAGGCGCCUCGUUGAACGGGCAUGGCAUCUUCGCCAUCGUCGUCUUUGCCAUCGUCAUGUUCGUCGUCAUCCAGCCUCUGCGCAUACCGGUACCCUUUGCCGUGAGCGACUGGACAAGGGCCAAGUGGCGAAAGCUCAAUCCGCCAGUGCAUGAUGAGCAAGAGCAGCAUACAGUCACGGACAACGCAGCUACGCCUCCAGCAGGCCCUGAUCCGCCGAGCCGCCCGGCCUCGCUCAUGUCUGAACAUCAGGUCGUCGACCACGGCACUCGUCGCGAUCGCGUCUACCUGAAUCUCAAUCACGUGAAUGCCCCAAUCGUGGGCAUCCUUUUCCUCCUGGCGACUAAGACCAUCGGCGGCGAGCAGAUCAAGCUAGGAAUCGUAGGCGACGGUCACGUGGAGCCAUACGAUACGCUCCUGCUCUUCCUCUCCCUAGCAUAUAUCGCCAUCUCUCUCGACACUACGGGUCUGCUGCGCUUCUUGGCCUUUCACGUCUCCAUUUCGGGUGGCAGGUCAGGGCCACGGCUCUUCUACUCCCUUUAUGGCUUCUUCUUCUUCCUCGGUCUACUCGUAGGGAAUGACGCCGUCGUGUUGUCGGGAACGAGCUUCUUGGUCUACUUUACGCGCAUUGCAGGCAUCUCACCGCCAGAUGCGUGGAUCUGGGCUCAAUUUGCUGCGGCGAAUAUCGCGAGUGCAACGCUGGUGUCUUCGAACCUGACCAACGUAGUCGUCGCUACGGGCUUCGGCAUCAAGUUUACGACGUACUCGGCUUUCAUGGCUCUACCUACCGUGGCGAGCGGAGUGGUCGCCAUCUUCUGCAUUCGCGUCCUCUUCAUCAAUCGUCAGCCACGCGACAAUCCCUUCAAGAAGAUUGUCAAGAAGCUGCGAGAGCCCACGAUGACGACCAAUGGGGGUGCGCGCGUCAAGCCUGGAGUCGCGCUGCCAAGCUUACCUCGCCGACGCUCCACGAUGAGCCGUACGUCCCACGUCGAGUCGCUGAAAAAGGUUGCAGGAGGCAAGGCCACGCCGGUCGAGGAGGAGGAGGAGCGUGGCGUAGAAGCCCAGACAGGUGUAGCUUCCGCAUCUGCCGGUCCAUCGUCAGCAGGGCGCUCAUCAGCCACAGCGAGCGUUGCAGCCCGCAGUCAUCGCGAGCAAGCCAGCGACAGCGACGAUGAUUCCCCCUCGCCCGCCGCGCGUCAGAUCGUCUUCAUGCCUCCGUACAUGAUCCCGCCUGACGUCAACCCACGCUCCGCCCUCAACGAUCCAUUCGGCGCCAUCUGGGGCUCGGCAGUGAUGGCUAUCACGCUGGGCGUGCUGGUAGGCACAUCGGUGCUGGGAACAGUCAAAGUCUAUCAGGUCUCUCUACCUGGAGCCUUCUUGUGCCUGGCACGCGACUUCUUCAAGGAUGUCAAGGACUGGCGCGCAGAGAGGUUGCGCAAACAGAGGGAGGGCGACUGCCCCGGCGGACGAGAGGCGGGGCGAUGUGAGCCUGAUGGGCGACCGUGCGAGGCUAUCGAGUUGGAGCAGGUCGCGGCCGUGGCAAAGGAGCAAGAAGCAACCACACCAUCACGGGGUCGUCCGCGCCCAAACGUCCUCCAGCGCAUCAUGGCCCUGCCACACUGCAUCGCCCGGGUCCUGCCAACCGUCACGCACGUCUGCGCCCGUCUGCCCCUGCCCCUCCUCCCCUUCGCCUUCGGCAUGUUCAUCCUCGACGAAUCGCUUGCUCACGUCGGCUUCAUCACCAUCAUGGCCCGCGGGCUGGGCAAAGUAUGCGCCGGUGGAGAAUUGGGCACAGCCUUUUUUAUUGGAAUGCUGAGCGUAGUGCUGUGCUGCUUUGGAGGGACGAACAUUGGAGCGUGCAUCUUGCUUGUGCGCUCUUUCCAGGACGCGGCCUUCCAGGGCCAAUUGCCUGCUCUGCCCACUGGAGAGGCAGAGUCAAUCACUCGCGUGGCCCUCUACUCUUUGGCACUGGGCUCAAACGUCGGUGCGCUGGGAGGCACAUUCGCUGCCUCCCUUGCUGGCCUGCUAUGGAGGGGCAGCCUGCGACACGGUGGCAUCACGGUGAAGCCGAGCAACUUCUUCCUCUGGAGCGCCGCGACUAUGCCGCUCAGUCUGGCCGCCGGGGUUGUGGUGGUAUGGGCGCAGGUGAAGAGCGGGAAGUGGCCAAUGUAGGCGUGCAAUAGAGCGUGUAGAGAUCUAUUUAAUUCAUUGCAACGUACGACUCGUCAUUGUCU